AUGAGUUUGGUCGACGAAACAAGCUUUGCGACUGAGUUUCUCAGUAACUUGAGUACACGGCCUGUAAAAUAUCCGCAAGACUUUGCUCCACCCGCCCAAACACGACCAAGACCACCUGUAAGGUCUACACUUUCGCAUAGUAAUAAGAAUAAAUCAACAGGAAAACAAAAGCCACAAGAAACGCCCGAGGCUUUUGAAUCUUCUAAAGGAAUAGGCAUACCAAUCCAAGUCCAUGUAAAAUCAUUAAAGGGUGGUCAAACACAUACAGUUCAAUUAAGUAAUUCGGAAACUAUUCUUAAUUUAAAGGAGAGAUUAUGGCAACUUGUUUUAAUUUCUCCCGUAAACCAAAGAUUGAUACUGAAAGGGAAAGCAUUGGUAGACAACAAGACUUUGUUGGAAUAUGGUAUAAACGAUGGCACUACAAUACAUCUAGUCCAGAAAUCCGGGUCAGUUAGUUCGGAGCCGACAGUUACUGCUGGGGUUAACGCUGUACAAUCGGCACCAGUUGUUUCGUCUCAGGAAGCUCCGCAAAAUAUUAAAGAACAUAAAUCACACCAACUUUCUACCGCAGCAAUGGAAAAAUUGAAAGAUCCACAAUUUUUGCUCUCAUUGCGAUCAUUUUUAC